AUGGUGGUAAUCAAAACCCAACCACCGCCAGCGCUACGCCACAUCAGGGCAAAUCAUGGGAGGCUGCGUGGCCAUCGCUCGGGACGUCCAGAGAUAUCCAUCCCCUCCCCUGGGAAACCCGCGGCCUGGCCUAAUUGGGGCGCACGUCCCCCGCCCCGCCUGUCCUGUCCAUCGUGCGCGCCACUACCCGCCCUGGCCACCUCAGCUCCACCACUCCACCUCCAGCUCACUGACUCCCUGGCCCCACCGGCCCGCCGUGAAUCGCGCCAACCGCCGCGCUUCCCCCCUCCCCCGUCGUUUAUUCGUAACGGCUCGUCGUCCCCGGGCCUCCCUUUUGUCUCCCCGCCCGCCCCUUUGCUCUCCGUCGCUCCCGCGCGCGCGCAGCUGUCCGGCCCCGGCGCCGGAUACGCGCGUGCCCGCGUUCUUCUGUUCAGGCGGUCGCAACCGCGUCUCGCCAUGCCUCCAUCGCCACCUCCUCCCUCCUCGCUCCACCACCAACGACCAACGACGCCGCCUCCUGCCCUCUCCCGCUUCCCGUCGGGCGCGCUGGCCUCCUAG